UUUGCACAUUUGCUUGCUUGAACUAAAGAUGUUGGCUCGUUCCAUGACCCUCCGCUUCUUCAGCGCCGCCGCCGCCGGCAAGAAGGUGGCCGUCCUCGGCGCUGCCGGUGGUAUCGGUCAACCCAUGUCGCUCCUCCUCAAGGACAACGACAAGAUCUCGCACUUGUCCCUCUUCGACGUGGUCAACACCCCGGGUGUGGCUGCGGACUUGAGCCACUGCAACACCCGCGCCAAGGUCACCGGUCACGCCGGCAUGGACAACAUCGAAGCUGCUUUGACUGGCAUGGAUGUCGUCGUGAUCCCCGCCGGCGUGCCCCGCAAGCCUGGCAUGACCCGUGACGACUUGUUCAACACGAACGCGUCGAUUGUGCAAUCGCUCGCCACGGCCGCCGCCAAGUACUGCCCCAACGCCAUGCUCUUGAUCAUUGCCAACCCCGUCAACUCGACCGUGCCCAUCGUCGCGGAAACCUUCAAGAAGUUUGGCGUGUAUGACCCCAAGCGUCUCUUCGGGGUGACCACGUUGGACGUGGUGCGCGCCAACACGUUUGUCGCUGAAUCCCAAGGCUGGAACCCUCGCACGACCAACGUGACGGUCAUCGGCGGUCAUGCCGGUACCACCAUCUUGCCUUUGUUGUCCCACCUCAAGUUGGACAAGAAGUGGUCCGACGACGAACUCCAUGCGUUGAUCAAGCGCAUCCAAUUCGGCGGUGACGAAGUGGUCAAGGCCAAGGACGGCGCCGGGUCUGCCACUCUCUCCAUGGCGUAUGCCGGUGCUCGCUUCACCUCGCGGCUGUUGGAUGCUUUGGCCGGUGAAAAGAACGUGGUUGAAUGCUCGUACACGCAGAACAACGUGACGAGCCUCGACUUUUUCUCGACCCCCGUGACCCUUGGCCCCAACGGUGUCGAAGAAGUCCACUCAUUCGGCAAGUUGAACGCCGUCGAGCAAGCCAACUUCGACGCCAUGUUGCCAGACUUGGAAAAGCAAAUCGCCAAGGGCGUCGAAUUUGUGCACAAGAAGUAAUUCAAAUGACCACGUCGUUUUCAAUUGUAAACAGUGAUAGUAUUUGUAGUCGGGUCGACGAAUAAGUUCGAGGUUAUAAAUAACGUAGAUUGCCUAAGGUGCACUCAACCAAUGGAAUUGCUUUAAUUUUU